UCACUUCUAUCGAUGCUCUCUGGCAGUGUCGCCGGCAGCCGAAUACGGAAGCAGCUGCUUACAGUGCUGAAUGUUGCUGCCCUUCUCCGGUGCCGGGACUUUUCACCGGAUUCUGAGUUCGGAUGCUAGGGGAGAUUCAUUCAGAAGUGAAGAGGCGGAGUCAGGAUGCAUUCUGGCACUGUUGUAGCUUUGGAGCUACAGUCAGGAAGUCCUCUACCCAGUGAGAUAAAAGAGUCAACUCAGGGAGUAAGCAUCACUGACGCGCCAGAUAUAUACGCUUCAAAAGCACAGACUUUUGAUCUCUUCAAUUUGGUCAUUUCUUUCAAGAGGAUAGAGAUUUUUCUUGAGCCUGUUACAGAUGCCUGGGAGAUGAUAAAAUAUCUGCUAAGGUGGAGGACACCUGUCUUUUCACUGCUAUGCUGUUUCACACUCAAUGUUAUUUUCCUAACUCUUAAUGAAGUUGCCUGGUUCUCCUUCUCAGUAUUGUGCAUCUCCACUCCAGCAGUCCUUGGAUACUUGCAAGAAUGUGGAAGAGGAAGUCUUCCAGAGCAGCAGUUACAAAGAAGGAAGCAUUACACAGUUGAACGGCAAGAUCUAAAGACUGUGCGUCUUACUAGGCAGGAGGCUCUGUUGGAGGUCAAAGGCAUUCUGCGGCAACUGGAGGACAUCUUAUCAAGAGCGUGCUUUUCUGCUGUAUCUGUGUAUCGAGUACUAUACUGGGAAGACCAUAGCAUCUCCUUUUUAUUCUAUGGAGGACUCCUCACAUUAGUUUCUUUGCUCUAUCUGGUCCCAUUUUCCUGGGUUCUGGCUGCUGGAAACACUGCCCUCUUUCUGUGGAACAAAGAUUUUUGGCGAGUUGUUCUAGAGCAUAAGGAGUGUUUUCAUCAGAGGCGACUUCAGCCCACAGCUAGAGAUGCUGAAAACAAGGAGCCAGAGCCAACUCUUUUUGUGGAUCAUACUCCAACUCCAACCAGUGUAGAGGAUCACUCUCCUGGAAGUUUUGAGGAGGCAGAAGAAGCAGAGCCUGACGAUGAGUUUAAAGAUGCAAUAGAGGAGCAGCAGUUAAUUUUACAGGAAGAUGAUGAUGUUCCUCCUGGAGUUGGUGACCUUGAUCUUGGCAUGGCUGAUAAUGGCCUUUUGAGUAGGAAUGAACCAAUCCGGAGUAAAGUGUCUAAACUAACAGAGAAGCUUCGCAAGCGGUAUCCUGCAAACAACUACGGCAAUUGUUCCAGCUGUAAUGCUGUCUUCUCAGUGCUGAAGAAGAGACGGAACUGCAGCAACUGUGGGAACAGCUUUUGUGCACGAUGCUGCUCAUGCAAAGUCCCAAGGUCAUCUAUGGGUGCUACUGCUCCAGAGGCCCAGAGGGAGACCGUAUUUGUCUGCAAUUCCUGUAAUCAGACCCUAAGCAAAAAAGAAUAGGACCUUCUCUGUGUGUAUGUCGCUCUCUCUCCUCAUCACUCCCUCUCUACCUCCUUUCUCUUCCACACUGUUUCUUCUGGGAAUCCAGAAUUAGGAAAAGCUUUUCAGCUAAAGUUGCUUAGUGCUGCAUUUCAUCUUUUGACUCAGGACAGAGGCUGGCUUCUCCUCUAACCACAAAGGUCAUCCAUACGGUCAGCUCUUUCUUUUUCUUUUUUGGAAAAGGCUGCAGUAAAGCUGCUGGACUGUGAGAGGGCCUUGAUGUCAUUUCCUUUGUGAAGCCACACUUGUCUGUGGCUAUAUAAGCCACAUGCAUAUAUAUCCCUGGUGGUGACAGCUGUGGGGUGGUUAUUCUAAACACGCCAGAAGAUUUCUUUUUUAUUUAUUACAAAGGUUUUCAAAAAUAUUAACAAGAUGUCUUCACCAUAAUGAUUUAUUGCUUUUCUGCAAAUGAAGCAGUCAUAAAGUAGUAGUUGCUGUUAAAAUGUCACUGAUCCAUAAAGAAAGUAGUUCCAAGUGUACAUGUAAAUAUAACAACUGCUCAAUCACUCUCUCAUUUGAAUGUUGUGCUGCUUGUGUGCUUUUAUGUUGGGGAGCCACCAUCUUUAUCUUGCUGUAUUUUACAUUUUUCUUCCUUUUCAGUUGUACCUUGACAUUCUAAAAUAACUUUGAAGUUGUCAACACUGAGAGUGCUAGCUGUGAGAGACAUCAUCACAGAUCCUUUCAAAUUCUGUUAACUGUGUAAGGAAAGUUGGAAAAUUUAAAGUUAAGCAGUACAGAGUUUCAGAGUAAAGGAUGAGCAUUUAGGUUUGGCAGACAUUAUUACAUUUUUACUGAUGCCUAUUUAUUUUGCUUUUAAGGGUUGUUUCCUUUGUGUAUUUUAUUGUUAUUGUCUGUCAAGAGAUGCUGUAGUCUCAAUAAAAACACACAGACGGUU